AUGCUAAAAAAUAUUGUCGAAAAAUUACAAGAACGCUUUUCUACUGGACAAAAUGAUCCAUUAACAUUAGAUGAAAUUAUACAAGAAUGUUGUCUUACAAUUAAUCUAUCUGAUAAACAUUGGCUUGCUUCUCAAGCACUUUUAUCAAAUGAAAAAAUUUAUGUUAAAACAAUUGAUGGUAUUCAUAGAUUUGUAUAUAAGCCAGCCCUUGAUUUAAAAGAUCCAAAAAAAUCCUCCUUUCUGAAACUUUUAAAAGCACGGCAUGAAAAUUGUGAAGGUACAAUAACUGUUGAGGAUGUACGAGAUUCAAUACAAAAACUAAGAGCUGAUAAAAUAAUCGAUAGCGUAAUAGCAAAUGGCCAUGUUGUUAAAGUAAAAAGUAAUAAAAGAGAAGUUUUAUUUUAUACUGAUAAUGAUCCCAGUUUUCGGAUUAAUCCGAAAUUUAUUGAUUUAUGGAGAAAAAUAUCAGUUGAACAUUUGACUAACGAGCAGAUUAGUGGAUUUAUUGAUCAAAAGGGACAUUACAGUUUAACAAUAAAUGCUCCAAAACAAUUAAAAUUGCAAAAACCAUUAAAACGUGGGUGUCAAGGUCUUGUUACGGUGAAGCAUAACCAACAUAUUGCUGAUCAACUCAAAGAUUACUCCAAUUCAAUAAAUAAAAAAUAA